AUGGGUCUCCUCACACACCGUUUCCGCUAUAUCGUCGUUUUCGGGUGUUUUCUCUGUUUAACAGCAAUCAAUUCAAACUAUAUUACAAUGAAUUUCACGUUUAUUUGCAUGAAAGAUGAUAUGACUGGAGCGAUCAAGAAUGAUAAUGGAACUUUCGUCAGUCGUUACGAUUACACACCAAUGGAGAAGAGUUACAUUGUGUGGGCGGUGGCUGCGGGGACAAUUCUCGGCACAUUUCCCAUCAAUUGGGGUUACAUUCAUUAUGGGGCAAGAUUCCCAUUCUUGAUCGCCGGCACUUUGUCAGCUCUUUCAACAGCUCUUGUUCCAUUUGCCGCUUCUUUCUCGUAUCCUUUCUUGCUUGGGCUGAGAUUUGUUCAGGGUCUCGCCUACUCUGCUGAUUUCGCGGCCAUCGGUUUGGUGACAGUUAGAUGGGCUCCACUAGCCGAGACUGGGGUUUUCAUUGCAGCGAUGACAUCAUUCACUCCUGUUUCCACAACAAUUACGAAUCCCGUUUCCGGUUGGAUCUGUGACUCGUCUCUCGGAUGGAAAUGGGCUUUCUACGCGCACGCGAUUGCCACAGUCAUUUUCUUUUUGGGUUGGCUAUGGUAUUACACAGACAAUCCAUCCACCCAUCCCCGUGUUGAUUCAAAAGAGCUAAAGAAGAUUCAAGAAGGAAAAACCGAAGCUCAUAUCAAAGGAGAUAGCUUUGUGCCAUAUUUGGAAAUCUGUAAAAACAAGACGAUCUUGGUUGUGUGGUUCAAUUCGUUUGGGGAAAUGACCACAGUGACCCUUCUACUCACCUACAUGCCUCUUUAUCUGAACACGGAAAUCAUCAAAAAUCCGGUGAUAAUUGUGGUUUGGUUAAACUCGUUGGCUGAAAUGUUCUCUGGUAUUUCCAUUCUCACCUAUAUGCCCAUCUAUUUUCACACGGUUCUCGGUUUCGAUGUAGUUACAACGGGGAUUCUCGCGGCUGUCUCCUCAUUUAUGCACGCUCCAUUAAAAUAUGCGUCUGGAUAUUUUAGUGACAGGAUACACUCAAUCAACGAGAUCAAAAAGAUGCAAGUGUGCAACUUUAUCGCUGUCGGUUUCGCCGGUAUUUUUUGUAUCUUGAUCGGAAUCGUGAAAAGGGCAGCUGGUGGAGUGCUGGCUGUGGUUUUCUUCACCGGCGUUUAUCUUUCGAUGUCGGCCAACUGUGGGGGUUUCUAUAAAUGUGGAACGCUUGUUUCUAGACAAUAUGCUCACUUUGUGUUGGCGACUAUUCAAUUCAUGAAAUGUGUGGCUCUUGUGGCAGCUCCAGCAAGUUGGGCAAUCUUUGUGAGAGAUGAGACUGAUGUCGUUCAAUGGUCGUAUGUGUUCUAUUUGAAUGGAGCCGUACUUAUUGUGGCAAACAUUCUUUUCCUCUUCGUUUGCACCGAUCAACCAGCCGCAUUCACUCAUAUCACACGAGAGACAAGAGAUCAAAUGAAAAAAGAUACA